ACCAAACAAUGUGCAAUUCUUGCAAUCGCGUAUGCAUUAUCGACAGAUUUUAGGCAAAUGCUUGUUUGUUUUUCAUGUGAAAUAAGUUGUAAAUAAUAACUAUAAAAGGUUUCCCGUGACUCGUACACCGUUCUUAUCUACUGCAUCAAGACAUCUAAGAUGUCGAUGCCACACAGCAGUUCCAGUACAACUAGUUCUAGCACAAAACGCAAGGAAAUUUACAAAUACCAAGCACCAUGGCCACUUUACUCCAUGAACUGGUCAGUACGGCCAGACAAAAGAUUCCGUUUAGCCUUAGGCAGCUUUGUGGAAGAAUAUAAUAAUAAGGUGCAAAUCAUAUCAUUAGAUGAAGAAACCAGUGAGUUUGGUCCAAAAUCUACAUUUGACCAUCCAUAUCCCACCACUAAGAUCAUGUGGAUCCCAGACAGCAAGGGACAGUACCCAGACUUACUGGCUACCAGCGGUGACUAUCUAAGAAUAUGGCGUGCAGGAGAACCCUACACUCUAUUUGAGUGUGUCCUGAAUAACAACAAGAACUCUGACUUCUGCGCCCCUCUCACCUCGUUUGAUUGGAAUGAGGUUGACCCGAACCUCAUCGGGACGAGCAGCAUUGAUACAACAUGCACUAUAUGGGGACUGGAGACGGGACAGGUGCUCGGGAGAGUUAAUGAGGUGUCGGGGCAUGUGAAGACACAGUUGAUAGCUCAUGACAAGGAAGUGUACGACAUCGCGUUCAGCCGCGCGGGCGGCGGGCGCGACAUGUUCGCGUCGGUGGGCGCCGACGGCUCCGUGCGCAUGUUCGACCUGCGCCACCUCGAGCACUCCACCAUCAUAUACGAGGACCCGCAGCACACGCCACUGCUGCGACUGGCGUGGAACAAGCAGGACCCGAACUACCUGGCCACGGUGGCUAUGGACGCGUGCGAGGUCAUCAUCCUCGACGUGCGCGUGCCGUGCACUCCCGUGGCGCGCCUCAACAACCACCGCGCCUGCGUCAACGGCAUCGCCUGGGCGCCGCACAGCUCGUGCCACAUCUGCACAGCGGGCGACGACCACCAGGCGCUGAUCUGGGACAUCCAGCAGAUGCCGCGCGCCAUCGAGGACCCCAUCCUCGCGUACACGGCGGCCGAGGGCGAGGUCAACCAGAUCCAGUGGGGCGCCACGCAGCCCGACUGGAUCGCCAUCUGUUACAACCGCCACGCUGAGAUACUCCGCGUCUAGGUAACCCUCACUGUACUCUGUAUUUUUAGGUACUUAAAAAAAGGUAAACAAUUUGUACAUUUUCUGUAGGAUAUUGCACCACAGUGACAUUGACACUGACAAUUCUGAGCCUAUUUCUGGGUUGAUAAUUGAUAAAUAACAUUGUUACUCAGCGUCAAUAUUUCCUUGUUGAACAGGCAAUGAAUGGCGAAGUAUCAUUGUCGGGCGACAAUUGUCACUAUUGUGAAAUAGGCUACUGGUUACAUUUGGCUAAGCAACCAAAUUACAAAACCAAACGGAUCUGUCAGUGAGCGACCGGUUUUUAACCGUCUUAUUUGGUCUAGUUUUAAUUUAACCUCAAGUGGCUCAAU